CCUCUCAUAGUUUUGGGACACCUCUUCAGCUAUCAUACACGUCAGAUCUGCUUGAUAAAAGGGGACUGAGUCUAAAGGGAAGAGCUCACUGGCAGCGUUUGCCAAUUCUGAUCAGCAGAGUCGGCUUGUGAAGAUGUGGAAGAUCUUUGCACUUGUGAUCUUGUGCGUUACUCUGGUUUCAGCUUCAUGCCCCACAGCCUGCCAGUGUCCUCCUGACAUCCCUGUAUGUGCAGCAGGAGUGAGUCUCAUGCUUGACAGCUGCGGAUGUUGUAAGGUCUGUGCACAGCAGCUCUAUGAGGACUGCAGUAAAACUCAACCAUGUGACACUGCAAAGGGACUGGAGUGCAACUUUGGGGGAGGAUCUGAUUUAGCACCUGGCAUCUGUCGAGCCAAAUCAGAUGGGAGAAGCUGUGAGUUCAACAGCAGGAUGUACCAGAGUGGAGAAACCUUCCAGCCAAACUGCAAGUAUCAGUGUACCUGCAUGGACGGAUCUGUCGGGUGCGUCUCACUUUGCACUCGUGACCUUUCGAUGUACAAAGUGGGCUGUGCCAAACCGAAGAGGGUUAAAAUUAAAGGACAGUGCUGUAAACAACUCAUCUGCCUCAAGAGUGCAAGCACAGGAAGGUCUGUGUCAAGGACGCACAGAAGAAAGUACAAUAAAGACCGAUCUAAAGAUUACUUUUCUAACAAGAAUGGGUCUGUGCAUGUUUGGAGAAGAAAAUUAACAGCUUUCAGUAAUCAUCUAAAGAGGCACAUGCUAAAUAAUGGAGCCCAGUGUCAGUUUCAGGCCACAUUCUGGUCACCCUGCUCCAAAUCCUGUGGUCCUGGAGUCUCCACCAGGGUGACCAACAACAAGUGCAAACCAGUGACUGAAACUCAGACCUGUGAGAUCCAACCCUGCAAAGAAAUCCCUCCAAAGAAAGCUGAGAAAUGUAACCACAAAGGAAAGGCUCACCAUCCGAUUCAGAUCCUCUAUGAUGGCUGUCAUAGCCUGAAGACGUUCCAACUAAAAUAAUGUGGGUCCUUGUUGUCGGCCUCACAGGACCCGGACACUAUCUGUCCGUUUCAACUACAGACCUAGACAGGCCUUUAGGAGGAAGAUGAUGAUGAAAGUCCUGUCGGUGUGAUUUGAACUGCGCCAAGAGCCGUACCUAGAGGCCCAGUCUCUAUGGAUGUUUUAUUGACAUUUAAAAACUGUAACUGUGAACCGGAGUCUAAUUCAAGUGAAAAUGUGUUUAAAAAUCAUUAUUCAGGAAUUUGCUUCGGGAAAUUGGAGCCUUGUGCUUUACUUCUUUGUAAAGCCUUUUAUGUUGUGAAAGUUCUGAUAUUUUUAUUUAAAUUCCUGUUUAAAACCAGCAUCUUCUCCUCAUAACACUAAAAUUACAUUGUUUGUGGUUUUGUGUCAUUCUAUGAGGUUUUUGUUCUGUUAUAUAUUGGAAUAGUGUUAUUCUGCAAUCUUGUUUUUCAAACUGGAGUAACAAGUGUUAGAUUCUCAGUUUUAUUAUAAUGCCACACAAAACGAAUAAAAAGGAGCCUUUAGUAGUGA